UGCGCGCUCUAGAAUCUUCCUCCUCACGUGUGGACGUGAACCGGCUCAGUGACGAUCCACGCUCCCUCGGACCCGCAGCAGCUCCACGCAGAACCCCGACCCACGAACACCUCCUCACAGACAUGGCCUUCAGAAAGUUCCUGCCCAUGUUCGACCGGGUGCUGGUGGAGCGCCUGGUUGCCGAGACGGUGACGAAGGGCGGCAUCAUGCUGCCGGAGAAGUCUCAAGGCAAAGUGCUGCAGGCCACCGUCCUGGCCGUCGGGCCUGGAGCUGUCAACCCGGACUUCUACAACUGGCCGGAUGAAUCAUUCGAGGAGAUGGACAGCACGCUCGCUGUCCAACAGUACAUUCAGCAGAACAUUAGAUCAGAUUGCUCCAAUAUCGACAAAAUCCUGGAGCCUCCGGAGGGUCAGGAUGAGGGGGUGUGGAAGUAUGAACACCUCAGGCAGUUUUGUCUGGAGCUCAAUGGACUAGCUGUAAAACUGCAGAGCGAGUGCCACCCAGACACCUGCACCCAGAUGACGGCCACAGAGCAGUGGAUCUUUUUAUGUGCUGCCCACAAGACCCCCAAAGAGUGCCCUGCCAUUGAUUACACCAGGCACACGCUGGACGGAGCUGCCUGUCUUCUCAAUAGCAACAAAUACUUCCCCAGCAGGGUGAGCAUCAAAGAGUCAUCAGUGGCUAAACUCGGCUCCGUCUGUCGUCGCAUCUAUAGGAUAUUCUCUCAUGCCUACUUCCACCACCGCCAGAUAUUUGACAAGUAUGAGAACGAGACAUUCCUGUGUCACCGGUUCACACGCUUCGUAAUGAAGUACAACCUGAUGUCCAAGGACAACCUGAUCGUGCCCAUCCUGGAGGAGGAGGUGCAGAACACGUCCUCAGCCGGGGAGAGCGAGGCCUGAGACGCAGCCGCUGCCACACAAUAUCUACACAUUACAGAGGAGACGCAUUCACACACAGACACACACACAUGAAUCUAUAUGUAUACACAUUACACACACUACAGUGUAUUAAGGCUCCUGUCCAGUAACACUGUUCCUGUCCCUCCUCCCCUGUCACCUGUGUCCAGAGGAGGUGAGAGGAGUCACUCCUUUCCUGUUUCCCUCUCUGCUCCUUCAGAUUCAGGCCGUGUCUCUGGAAACAUCUCCGCUCCAACACCUCCACCUUUUACUUUAUUCUUCUUUAAGCAGCUGGAUUUGCAAAAUCAAAACAAAACUACGUAACCAUGGUGACCUGUAUUGUUGACGAAGGCACACACACUGACAGCCCCCCCCCCUGUAUAUAAGCCGCCCCCCUUUCUCUUAAUCAAUCCACUGUCAUAUUUCCUGAUGGUGCUUCACUGUCUGCUUCUGUUCUGUUUGCUUGUUGCCUAGCAGCCUGUUUUCGGGGGGGUGGUCCCAUGAGACGGAUUCUGUAAAUUAGCCGGCUCACGUAAUAAUGCUGUUCCAACACUUUGUAGGUGUGGCUUGUGUGGUAGUGAACAAGGAAAACCUUCCUCUCUCUCUCUCUCUCUAGCUUCGUACGUGUUCUAGCAGUCAGGUGUUCGGCCUCGGAGUGUGUAGGAGUGUGUAGGCUAACUCUGAUCCUGCUUUGUGACACGCCCCCCCGUUUAAUACCGUGUGAAAUGUGCCUGAUGCUCCGCCUCCCCCGACUCUGCUGUACGCCGGUUUCUACCGAUCUCAACAUUCGACCCGUUAAGGCCACGAGGAAGUUCUGACUAUCGGCAACAUUUAAAUAUCUGAGCACAAACCCCCCCCCCCUCCCUCGUUAAGUUAUUUUGUGGGAGGAGUCUUGUCAGUCCAACCCACUAUUUUUUUUUUUAAUGGACUAAACAAUUUUGUUACUGUUGACAUUUACAUGAUGUCUGUUAAUAAAAAAGACCUAUUAUUCAGA